CUCCGCCUGUGCUCUGCUGGCUCAGGUGCACUGACAGGCCUCUGUUCCCUUCCCAUUUACCUUAACCUUAGGCUUCUUUGCCUUCCUCUUUUCUCUCUGGCUGCCAGAGCUUGUCUCUCUGGUGGCUACUUCACGCCUGGGUAACGCAGUGAGUUGGCCUGCAGGUGCAUAAGGUGCAGGUAGCUGCCCUCCUGGCCCGGUCCUGCCCUGCCUGGAGGGACACCGUUCUGAGGCGAUGGCUGCAGGGAACGAGCGGAGCAUGAAGGCCCUGAAGGAAGUGUGGAAAAGAGCAGAGAACUCUUUGUGUGCAGACUGCGGGAAGCCAGAUCCUGACUGGGCAUCCUCUACUUUGGGUGUCUUUAUAUGCCUCAGCUGUUCAGCAAUUCACCGCAACAUCCCUAGCAUCAGCAAAGUCAAAUCCCUGAAGAUGGACUACUGGGAUGAUGCUCAGGUGCAGUUUCUGGCCAAGCAUGGGAAUGCUGUGACUAAAGCCAUAUAUGAAGCUCACAUCCCUAUUUACUAUUACCAGCCAACCUACAAUGACUGCCAAGUGCUGAGAGAACAGUGGAUACGGGCCAAAUAUGAACGCAAAGAAUUUACUGAGCCGGGAAAACAGCUCCCAUAUUCUGAUGGGGUGAAGGAAGGCAUCCUUUGGAAGCGAGGCCGAGACAACGGGCAGUUCCUACCCCGCAAGUUCCUCUUGUCUGAGAGAGAGGGAUGUCUGAAGUAUUUCACCAAGCAGGAUGCCAAAGAACCCAAAAUCAACGUUAAAAUAGAUGUAAUCAAUGCUACAUUCCAGCCAGAGAAGAUUGGGAACCCCAAUGGCCUGCAGAUCACCUAUCUCAAAGACAAUAAGACCCGGAAUAUAUUUGUCUACCAUGAAAGUGGAAAGGAGGUAGUGGACUGGUUCAAUGCCAUCCGCUCAGUGCAGUUCCAUUACCUGAAGGUGGCAUUUCCCAUUGCCAGCGAUAAUGAGAUCAAAAAUCGUCUGACCAGAAACUUCUUGAAGGAGGGAUACAUGGAGAAGACUGGUCCCAAGCAGAGAGAGGCCUUCAAGAAGCGCUGGUUCACGCUGGAUCACCGCAGGCUCAUGUACUUCAAGGAUCCUCUGGACGCCUUUGCUAAGGGUGAGGUGUUUGUGGGCAGUGGAGAGAAUGGAUAUAGUGUCCAGAAGGGAUUGCCUUCAGGGACACAGGGCAACUUCUCUUGGCACUACGGCAUCACCAUUGUCACCCCUGACCGGGAAUACCUCUUCACCUGCGAGACAGAGACUGACCAGCUGGAGUGGGUCAGAGCCUUCACUAGUGUCAUCAACCAGGCCAUGACACCACAGGAAUAUGCAAUUGAAGCCUACUUCAAGUUUAAAUCCUAGGAAGCCAUGCAGGAAUCUCACUAUGACUCAACUCUGCCUGGUCCUAUUGGGUGGCUGUCAGGACAGGAGAGGAGAUUGAUAUCAGAGAAACACAGUGCUCUUGGAGCACCCUUUGAAGCACUUUUGCCCCCAUAGGAUAUCCACUUUGUUUUGAGGGCCCGAUUAAGCUGCUUCUUUUCAAGUGCAAGAUUUUGUGCGUCUGAAUCCUCAGUACAACCUGUCCCUGUUAAAUUGCUGUCAUGUGGCUGGAUGCUGACAGGUCUUGCCUGUCAGUCAGGCCUUGAAAACUUUGGCACUUACUAUGUUGGACGUGAGACCCAGCAUCACUCCUGCAUGAAACUGCAGACAGGCACCCACCUGAUGCAAGAAAAGAGCUGCCUGGCUGGAGCCAGGCACCACAGCGGGUUACAGGGACUGCUGGACUAAAAGAGCCUGUUCCUUUACAAGAAAUACCAUAUCUGUGGGUGACAGAGAUGUGAAACAUCUAGAUAUUUGACCAGUUAGUGCAGUGGUUGAGAAAGGUCACUUAAAACAUGUAACCUAAACAGCCAAAUGUGAGGCUUGUUUCCUUCCGCCAUGUAUGGGCUUGAAGCUUCUUCAGAUGACAUUUGUGUGCUGACCUUCCACCAAAUGCUUCAGAGAAGAUUAAGAGAUCAUAUAAAAAAUAAUGUGGAUAUACAUUUGUGUAUGUGGAUAAUGUGUGCAUGCACACACAUAACAAAAAGUGAUAGAGGUAGAAUACUGCCCUAGGGAAGAUACUGUGAGGGAUUUUCAUGCCACUGAAGAUCAGCUGCCCAGCUUGAGUCUCUAUCAGACCAAUGAAGAGGGGUUGGGUCUUGCAGAGGAGCUGAUAACUUGUAUAGAGUUCAGAGUCUGCUGUCUCUACUAGAGCCUAGGGUUGAUGCUGAAUAUGGUAAUACACGGAUCUCUUCUCUCCCAUUCCCUGUAUGUCAAGGGCCUGGCACUUUCAUUCUGACCUGCACAUUGCAUAUGUUUAUCUUGUCCAUCACACAUACAUAUCUGUAUGUUCAUGUUCUCUUAGUAAGAGUUAGCCUAAAACACAAAAUCAACCCAUGAUUCAUGUCUUAAAGCUCAUCUCUUGAAGCUUUCUUGGGAGAGCUGUGCUACACAUGCUGGGAGGAGUAGCUGAGUUCUGCUGGUGACUGUAGUAUCUGAUGUGUUUGCAGUUUUAUCAGGCAGUGUGAGAGAAGGUGUCUCAUGUGUUAAGGGGAGCUAACUGGAAUUAAUGAGAAAACCAGUAUUUUAAUUAGCUCCUAAAGAAAUAAUUUAAAAAUAUCAUUGUAAUUUAUUUUAAUGUCUUAAAUUAGCUGACAUGUUAACUGCUGAGGUAUGAGGUUGUUUCUUGGGAAAAAGUACAGACGAUCAAACAAAAAGCCAUAGCUGUUCAUUGUAUUUCCUGAGGCAUGUGGACUGUGAUUGUUCCCAUCAGAGCCAAAUGGGCAGACUCACGGUGCCCCUCUGCUUCUCUGGGGACCCCACUCUGUGCCAAGACCACCACAGUCUGUUGGGAGCAUCAGCUUUCUGGAUGAGUAGAAGCAUCUCUCACCCUACUACCAUGGUGCAAUGGAAAUAUCCACCUAAAAGUAUAUUUUCACUGCAUUUUGCUGAUCUCUCCUAGUUUGGAGCAUGAUUUUCCUGAAAACCAAAGGUCAUUGCACAGUGAGGGGAGUGCUGAUGGGAUGCCCCCUCUUCCUCCUGUUUGCUGCUGAAUUACCACUGCUGGAUAUGAGCAGAGGCAUUUGACUCAGCCACUAUGAAGCUAUGUGUCUGUCUCUACAUCUGUCUCUGCUUAGCAAAUUCUGUCCCACCGUGUCUUCCUUGAGACGAGGAGGCUCAGCUGUGAGUGAGGAGAGGGCCGGGUAGCUUCGGGUGCGGGUGUCAUGUGCUGGUGCCUCGCUAGAAGGCGGUGGUGCCAAGCAAUGGGCUGGUGCUCCCUGCUCUGCCCGGGGCAGCUUCCCGGGGCUGCGAGGGGAGGAGGGGGAAAGCUCAGAGGAGGAGAAUGGUUUUGUGGAGAGGAAGGAAAAACGGAGUCUAAAAUAUCCAGUCCUUUGUGUCUCUAGGAGCUUGCUGCUGACCUGUGGGCAAAGGUGGAAAAGGGCGAGGACAGACAAUGUGAGAGGUGGUGGACCUGCUUGCAAACUGGGGACAAUAUCCAGAACACCCAAACCUCAAAGGGCCCUGAUGUGCUUGGGAGGGAGUGUGGGACAGGUUCUUUCAGUCUGGCUUGGCUGGGGAGAGCUGUGUGGCUGUUCCCUGCCUAUUGCACUUCCAGGGCUGGCCCCUGUUUCCUUUCUAAAGCCACAGCAUGAUGCUUUCUACCCUCCCUGCCAUAUUAUGGAGUCUUGUCUCUCAGUUGUCUUGUCCCAAAUGAGGACAACUGUACAAGGAGAAAUGGGAUAAAGAAAGGGAAAUAAGAACAAGAAGGAAGACGGAGCAGGAUAAAGGAAGAUAUGGGGGAAGAAAGCAUGUCUGCCAGAAAGAGAAGGGAGCCAGUGGGGCUCCUCAGCUAGGGGCUAAAAGCCCAGUAUAAAUUUGGAACUGUAUUCACACCGGUGUGUGAAGCUGUGAGUCAGGCACAUUCCUCCAUGCAGUGGUCAAGGCAGCUCUCAGGGGGUUGGCUCAGCAAGCAGAGCCCACCUCUCCAAAGUCUGUCUGAGCUGAGCUGACAGACUUAGGAGCAGAAAUCUACUUGUUCGUCCACUGUUUCUGCGGGCCCAGCAAACUCUGGAGAAGCAACAAAGCUAGCAAAGAAAAGAGACCUUUCCUCCUGGCUGGCAGAGGUUACCUUGCAUAUAUUGGUCUUGAAGGAAAAGGCAGUGUCCCUUUCUUGGCUCUUCCAUGGUUAAGGAAAACAACCAGACAGAGCUUGUGAUGGACAACAUCAGCAAAAUGGACUGGGCAGCUGGAGGUGAGGAAUAGACUUCUCUGGAGCACCCUGUCUGUGUCUGAUGAACUCUCCCCAUUCUUCCCUUGGCUGCUUUGCUGUUAAGGAUAGUUGUGUCCAGUACAGCAAGGGUGGAAGGCAGGAGGAAGGAACAGGUCUCUGAGAGC